AGAGAGGGUGCCACAAGGUGCCAGGACAUCUGGACUGUGACCCGCAGCCGUGUGGCACUGAACUUUGUCCCACUUGUCACCGUGGAGGGGCUGGGCCUGCCCCGGGAUAUCCCCGACGUCACAAUCACCGCGUGGUCACAGCACCCGGUGGGGCGACCCGGGCACCCCAGGACCGUCCAUCGUCCCGCCGCCGGAACAACACCGGGGCCAGCUGGACCAAUUCCACCGGGCCAGCCCCACCAUGGCCACCAGCGAGCCCACGCCGGCGCAGCCCCAGGCAGAGGAGCAGCAGAGCAUCGGGACACGCGUGGCCAACCUGCCCCUGGUGAGCUCUGCUUACGACAUGGUGUCCUCCGCCUACUCCUGCACCAAGGAGAGCCACCCCUACGUGCGCUCCGUGUGCGAUGCUGCCGAGAAGGGCGUGAGGACACUGACAGCGGCAGCGGCCAGCGGGGCCCAGCCCCUCCUCACCCGCCUGGAGCCCCAGAUUUCCACCGCCAAUGAAUUUGCCUGCAAAGGGCUGGACAAGCUGGAGGAGAAGCUGCCCAUCCUGCAGCAGCCCCCCGAGAAGAUCAUCUCAGACACCAAACUGCUGGUGACCUCCACGGUGACGGGGGCCAGGGAUGUGCUGACCAGCACGGUGGAUGGAGCCAAGGAUGCAGUGACCAGCCGAGUGACCGGGGCUAAGGAUGCAGUGUCCAGCACCGUGGCUGGAGCUAAAGAUGCAGUGUCCAGCACAGUGGCUGGGGCCAAGGAUGCCAUGUCUAACACCAUGGCCGGGGCCAAGGACGCAGUGUCCAGCACUGUGGCCGGAGCCAAGGAUGCAGUGUCCAACCGAGUGACCGGAGCCAAGGAUGCAGUGUCCAGCACCGUGGCCGGAGCCAAGGAUGCAGUGUCCAGCACUGUGGCUGGGGCCAAGGACGCAGUGUCCAACCGAGUGACCGGAGCCAAAGAUGCAGUGUCCAGCACCGUGGCCGGAGCUAAGGAUGCAGUGUCCAGCACCGUGGCUGGAGCCAAGGAUGCAGUGUCCAACCGAGUGACCGGGGCCAAGGAUGCAGUGUCCAGCACCGUGGCCGGAGCUAAGGAUGCAGUGUCCAGCACCGUGGCUGGAGCCAAGGAUGCAGUGUCCAGCCGAGUGACCGGUGUGAUGGACAUGACCAAAGGGGCAGUGCAGGGUGGCGUGGAGCUGACCAGGUCUGCGGUCAGCAGCGGCGUCAGCACCGUGGGCCAGAUGGUGGCCAGUGGGGUGGACUCCGUGCUGGGCAAGUCGGAGGAGCUGGUGGACCAUUACCUGCCCAUGACAGAUGAGGAGCUGGCCAAGCUGGCCACGGCCGUGGAGGGCUUCGAGCCGGAGCAGCAGCGGCAGCAGCACAGCUACUUCGUGCGCCUGGGCUCCCUCUCCUCCAAGGUGCGGCAGCGAGCGCUCCAGCACUCCCUGGGCAAGCUGCAGAGCGCCCGCCAGACCAGCCAGGACCUGCUGGCCCAGCUCCAGCGCACCCUCGACCUGGUGGAGCAACUGAAGCAGGGCAUGGACCAGAAGCUGCAGGGAGGGCAGGAGAAGCUGCAGCAGCUGUGGCUGGAGUGGAGCAAGACGCAGCCGGGCAGUGGCAAGGACCAGGUGCCACCAGAGGCUGUGGAGUCGGGCGUGUUGACCAGGCUGCAGGGCUUGAGCCAGCAGCUGCAGAAGUGCUUUCCCCUGGUGUCCAGCAGCCUGCAGGGCCUCCCCAGCACCGUCCAGGACACGGCGGGGCAGGUCCGGCACAACAUGGAGGAGCUGCGGGCAACGCUGGCCUCUGUCACCUCCCUGCAGGACGUGACAAGCUCCAUGCUGGCCCAGGCCCGCAGCCACGCCAUGAAAGCCCGGCAGCUGAUGGACGAGCUGGUGGAGCACGUGGCCUUCAACACCCCCCUGACGUGGCUGGUGGGACCCUUCGUCCCCUCGGGCAAGCGCCAGGUGGAGCUGGAGUAGCAAUCCCUGGCUGCUCCCCUCCCCAAAAAGCCUCGUUAGGAGCCUUUGCCAAACCCCCCCAGCCCCCCUCACCUUGUGCCUGCCUCUGUGGGGACCCUCCUGCCUGCCCCAGCUCUGUCCCCUUGCUGGAGACCUGCAGUUAUGUGCCUUGGCUGCCCCAAGUGCCUCUUGGGGGUCCCCCACGUCCUCGGUGCCUUCAAACCCCCACCUUUGUAGGGUCAGAACACCACAAGAAACAAUAAACUCUGGUUAGUUUUGCA